UGGUACUGCACCAAGGGUGCCUUUGGAACCCUGCUCUGCACAUGUAGUCCCUCAUCCACCUUUUGUUAAGCCCUCCUAUGUGCUUACACCUGUGCUUCGAGUUGAGGCGUGGGAUCCAAGCCUACUCUCAAGAACCCUAUUAGUUUAGAUGCCUUCCCCAUAGGGUUGAGCAAAACUGUCACUGGAUUACAGAAAGCAGUGACACUGCCAUGGGUGAGGUCUCAGAAGAGACAGAGCAAUCUGGACUCUGGGGUUGUAAGAGCAGUUUCUUGGGAGGGGAGGCAAUGGCCUGGUUAAGGACAGUCAGGGCUUGGGCUCAAACAUGGGGCUUAUUCCUAGAACUUCAAAGGCAUUAUGGAUAGCAGGCUUCACAAUUACUGUCUAGAAGAGAAUCAGAUCUUGAGCUCUAUUGUCCUCAUGAAGAAAGAUCAACAUCACCCACUCUGGGCUCCUGAGGAUGCACUAGUCAGUGAAGACCAUCUUGUGGACUGGUAGAAAAGGUCUGGCUGAGCCCAGGAGCUGCACGGAAUGGUGGCAGUCACCUUGCCAGUGCAGCAGGCAUGGACCAGACUGCAACCUAGAAGAGCAAGGCAUCAGUCAAGAAAAGGAAAUACACAACUAAGCUUCAGGCCUCUUCAUCGGGAUGUUCCCAGACCUCCCAGCCCAGGCCCAGCAUAAAGGCUGUGGGGGAGGGCCCCCCUGACCCAAGGGGGGGCUUCAUGCGCCACGUGCAGGUGGAGCCAUCUCCAUCCUCAGAGCCAGAGGCUGGCCCUUCGCAGCCUGCAGCCAGGCAGGGGGCCCUCCAAGGUGGCCUGCUCAUGGGCUACAGCCCAGCAGGGGGGGCAGCGUCCCCCGGGGUCUACCAGGUAUCCAUCUUUUCCCCUCCAUCUGGUGCCUCCGAACCUCACAGGGCCCUGAAGCGGCCGGCCCCACCCACUGAGGGGCCCCGGGAGCUGAAGCGAGGCCCUGGGCUGGGGGCCAGAGAGGGAGUCUCCCCUGAAGACCCACUGACCACGGGGCUCUUGGGGCCAGAGGGACUGGGGCCGGGACUGGGCGUGGCCAGCCAACAUUUCUGCCAUCAUGGCCUCUGUGUUGUGGAACAGGGAGGUAGCACCACCUCACCUUGGACUUCCGGGGCCCAGAGUCCCCUCUGGCACCCAUCAAAUGCUUCCUGCGAUACUUUGCACACCAGAGACUGGGCUUCUCCAGAUCCAGGGGGACAAGGGUUGCUGGGGGAGUGCCCACGGUCAGGCCAUCCAGGCCAAUUGCACACACUUGACACUGAUUUGCACCGUCUUGCACAAAUAGGGGGCAAGAGCCCAGUGGCCGGGGUGGGCAAUGGGGGCAGUCCCUGGCCUAGGAAAUCCCCUGGCACUGCCAAUGGGCACAGUCCCGAGCACACACCCCCUGGCCCUGGACCUCCAGGCCCCUGCCCUACCAAGAGAAGGCUGCUUCCUGCUGGAGAAGCUCUGGAUGCCAGCUCUGAGGAUGAGGGGCCAGCCCCUCGGAGGCGCCGGGGAACCCUGGGCCACCCUACUGCUGCCAACAGUUCUGAUGCCAAAGCCACACCCUUCUGGAGCCACCUUCUGCCUGGGCCCAAAGAGCCUGUGUUGGACCCAACAGACUGCAGUCCCAUGGGGCGGAGGCUGAAAGGUGCCCGUCGCCUGAAACGGAGCUCUCUUCGAAGCCUCCGGAAGGGGCCCGGCCUGCUGAGCUCCCCCAGUGCCUCCCCUGUUCCUACCCCCACCAUCAGCCGUACCCUACUGGGCAACUUUGAGGAAUCAUUGCUUCGAGGACGCUUUGCACCAUCUGGCCACAUCGAGGGCUUCACCGCAGAGAUUGGAGCUAGUGGAUCCUACUGCCCCCAGCAUGUCACGCUGCCUGUCACUGUCACCUUUUUUGAUGUUUCUGAGCAAAAUGCCCCGGCUCCCUUCCUGGGCGUCGUGGACCUGAACCCCCUGGGGAGGAAGGGUUACAGUGUGCCCAAGAUGGGCACCAUCCAAGUGACCUUAUUUAACCCAAACCAGACUGUGGUGAAGAUGUUCCUUGUGACCUUUGACUUCUCGGACAUGCCUGCUGCCCACAUGACCUUCCUGCGCCAUCGCCUCUUUUUGGUGCCUGUGGGUGAGGAGGGGAAUGCUAGCCCCACCCGCCGCCUCCUCUGCUACUUACUGCACCUCAGGUUCCGAAGCUCCCGCUCUGGCCGCUUAAGCCUACAUGGAGACAUCCGCCUGCUUUUUUCCCGCCGGAGCCUGGAACUGGACACAGGGCUCCCCUAUGAACUACAGGCUGUAACAGAGGCCCCUCACAAUCCACGUUAUUCACCUCUGCCCUGAUAACUAGUGCCCUGAACUUCUGUGGGCCAAGGACCUGCCAUCUGCUCUCUUCUGGACAGAGUGGUCAUGUGGAUCAAAGGCGAGAGACUCUCCAGGCUUAAAUUAAAGCCCUCGCCAUGCUCGUGCCCAAAUUGGUUAUUUGGGUGUUUCCAGCUUCAGAUCCUUGCCACACUCUGCCCAUCUCUGAGUACUCCAUGUGCCUGCCCCUCCCCACCCAUUCCCAGGCCAGCUUAGAUAGUGAGGAGAAAGGAACCAGUUACCUUGAGGUCAUCCCACGUUCCCAGGCAAGUCAUGCCAGCGUUGCCUCCCUGUCCUGGCAGGGGUCACUUAUUAUGUUAUUUAUUUUUAAUUUAUAAUUUAUUCAAAUUGGAUUGCCUUGGUAACCACCCAAACCUGAAAAUUGGUGUUGCCCUUCCCACUCCUAGAUAUUGCUUCGCCCUCAGGGACUGAAGAGGCUGAGGUGAUAGCUGUGGAGAACUAACUGAUCUCCCUCAGCUGAGGGCAAAGAGGUUAUUCCGGAAGGACUGAGUCACUAGCCAAAGACUCAGGUGCCCCUAUGCCCCUCUUUCCUAGUCCUUUCACCUUAUCCACCCUCUGACCUCUCUGAAAACCAACUCAAGUGUGUGUGCACAGGCACUUAGACAGGUGUGUGUGUGUGAGAGAGAAAGAGAGAGAGAGAGAGAGAGAAAGAGAGUGAGUGAGAGAGAGAGAGAAAGAGAGAGAGAGAAUGUCUGUGCCUGUUUAUACACACCUCAUGAGUGUUAAUGACCCUUCAUCUCAGGCUCCAGACCCCACUUGUCCUUGUUCUCCUGCCUCUGUCUCCUUGUUUUGGGGUCCUGACUGAGGGAGGUGUUUAGGGGGCAGAGUCAGGGCCAUGGACUGGGUACCUCCUCUCACCCGGCCAGACUCUGACCCAACCUACCUCAGCUGGGGUGAGGGGUAUCCCUCAAACUCAGAUGUGAUUCCCAGCUACCCUACUUCCCACUCCACACUCUGAUUGAGCCUUAGCCCUGACUCUUAGGACUGGGCUGAGGGGAACAUGCAUUUGAUGAAACUUGAAAAAAAAAAAAAAAAAAACAGGAAAAAUUGUACCUGGUACUUUUUUUAGGGAAAAAAAAUAAAGAAUAAAUCUUGUUUGGAAACUUGAA